GUAAGUCACGUCAUAUCGUGGUAACCAUGUGCCUUGAGCUGGUGUUUACAAUGUUCUGAUUUAUUAUCAAAUAAUCGUUGCUUUUAUAUUUAAAAAGGAACAUUGGCGAGUAGCCUAUCACCAUAGGCUAUGUUUGAGUCUGCGCGACAUGAACCGUUUUGGAAUCCAAACUGUGCACUGGGUUUACAGCUGUGCACAUGCCGGACGAAGGACUCGUUGUCAUACACCGAUGAUUACGGUACAAACAGGACAAUAAAAACUAAUUUUAACACGUCUUUAACAUGUGCUAAAACGGAACAUGUGCAACGCAAUAGGGAAGUAUUAGAACAAAAGACUCGCCGCAACAGACCCUCACUCUCAAAACUGUGGUUCAGCAAACUAGCGUUAGCAAAAUUUAAUAGUUUAGCAACGAAAGAAAUAUAUAACACUUCAAGCAGGAUUAACAAAAUCAGGGCUCUGCGGCCUAUAAUGAAAGAUCACCAUCAUCAGGACAGUCUAUUUGGUAACUCCUUCCAGUCAAAAUCAUUCUUUGUGGUACAUCCUGAAUGGCUGAGUGAGACUGUAGACAACACUGACCCCCAGCCUCUCCACCGACCCCCGUGGCCCUGGGAGCAGCCCCGAUACCGUCAGAACAUCCAGCUCCCUAUAACAUACAAAGCCGAUGAAACUGAGGAGGAUAAAAACGAAUGUAAAACAAACAACCAACAAAACGGGUGCACAAGUACUGAACUGCCUAUGCAACUUGAUGCGCCAAUGUGUCUUCCUAUUGGAUAUACUUUCACUCAACCGGGAAUUGACCUAACCAAACCGUACCAAAAACAGACACAAUUUGGUGCACCGCUAGUAGACACUUCAGUGUAUAAACUCGGAUACUAAAUAUAGAAAAUGAUUAAUGUUAGAAAAAAUAAUAAAUAAUUAUUAUAAACAAAAUUAGGUAGUUUUCAUACAUAUAAAAAAAUUUCAUAACAUCAAUCAUAGGUAUGAAAUCACUGCCAGGUUACUGUAAAAGCAGAAAUUUUCACAAGGGUUUAAAGUUUGCUAUAUUCGCGAGGCCCCACAUAUGGCAAAAAUUAAUCCUUGAGUAAAUAUUCACCAUUCAUGUAGGAUUCCAAUUUUACAAUUUCGCGAAUAUUAAACCUCAAAAUUUCAAAUUCGCGAAAUUCUGACCCAGCGAAAAUAUGUGAUUUUACAGUAAAUACAUGUGUGAACAUCUGUGCAAGGUAUGAAAUUAUUUUCAUUCACCCAAAAUCUUAUGAAUUACGAAAACCCUUAUUGAAAACAUACUGGUCAUGUUAAAAACCGAACCUGGAGGAAGUUUGUGUGAGAAAAAAAUAUCUUAUAUAGAAUUCACUGGUUGUAGAACAAUGAAUAAUUAAAUGACAGAGAACUUUUUAUCAAUUUUGUUUAGUGUGUAAGAAAAUAGACUUAACUUUAUAUAUGUAAAUGAGAAAUAAGAUAUAUUUCUGCAACUGAAACACCCUUUAUAAUAAUGAUUGUGUUCUUUUGAAGAAAUUUUACUUUAUUCAUGUACUCUGUGUAAAUGUUGUUACAGUACACUGUAUAUGCAAGUUCAAUGCACUUCUUGUUGCAAUUAUGUUAAACUUUUGAAGAUUGGAAAAAGAAAGACAAAUUCUUAAGUAUAAAAUGUCUUUACUAAGCACAAGCCAUGUGCUGAUUUUUCACUGCAUUCAUAAAAUUGUCUGACAAAAUCGUCAACAAAACUUUGCAUCUGAAAUAAAACCAUGUUUAGUGUUGUAAAACAGUUUGGUCAGCAAAACAGUAACUCCUGAAAUUCUAUUAAUAGGCAUUUAAAUGAUUUGUAUUUUGUCAGAAUUGUGAAAGAAAUACAGUACACAUCAAAAUAGAAAGAUAAUUGUAAUUCAUUUGCAAGAAAUUGAAAAAUAAAGCUUUAAUAACUAGUUUUGGCUAGAAAUGAUUUUUGUCAGUUUUUAUACUGAUUGACCUGCAUGGAAAAUUUCAACAAUUCCAAAAACUGAUUAGAUAUUUAAGCAAGCAAUGAGCUGCUGGCUUUUUUUUAUUAUCAAAAACUAUAAAUUCUGUGAUGCCCAUUUUCUCCAUUAUUCUGAAAACAUCAUGCUUUUCUUUUAAUAUUUAAUUUCUUAAAUUUUUCAUGUUCAAGAAAUUUUGCUUGUUAUUUAAAUUGUUUAAAGUAUGUAUUUUUGAAAAAAAUAUAUUUUGUAAAUGAAAAGUUACCAUAUCUUUGUUUGUUUGAUUAUUUCCUAUGUAUAUUGUACAUUUUACAGGUUUUUCCUGAGUUUUUGACCAAUAAAAUGCCCCUAUCUCUUUCAAAACAGUUCUGAAUUGUCAUGUUAAAAGGGAUAGCCUUUCUCGGUAUUUUCUAACUUUAGCUUUCUAUUGGCUCAAUAAAGCAUAAAACCAGUCCAGCACAAAAACAUGUUUAUUCAUAUAAUCAGACUGGUUUCUUCAAAUUCAAAAAUAUUGUAAAUUAAAUGUAGGAAGAGCAAACCAUAAUCAGGAAUAAACUGGACUGGUCCCUUUUAUCAUGGCAACUCAUUUCAAGUGCCCUGUACUAAAUGUUAUGUUGUGAUCCAUCCUAUAUGUGUUGAGUGUGAAAUAUAUUUAUAUAUACAUGUAUUAUUGUCACUUUACCGCAACAGUAUUAGAAAUUGUACAAAUGGUCUGAUUUUGUGUGACGUUUGCUAGGUGUGUUCCUAUCCAAAACCUUACAAUGAUUUGAAUAAAAUGUUAAAAAUCA